GCGGCGGCGGAGGCGGCAGCUAUGGCGAUGGCGGAGAAGUUCGACUCUCUGGAGGAGCACCUGGAGAAGUUCGUGGAGAACAUCCGGCAGCUCGGCAUUAUCGUCAGCGACUUCCAGCCCAGCAGCCAGGCUGGUCUCAACCAGAAAUUGAAUUUCAUGGUGACGGGCUUGCAGGAUAUCGACAAGUGCCGGCAGCAGCUUCACGAUAUCAGCGUGCCCUUGGAAGUUUUUGAAUACAUAGAUCAAGGCCGCAAUCCUCAGCUUUACACUAAAGAGUGUCUGGAGCGAGCUUUGGCUAAAAAUGAGCAAGUAAAAGGAAAAAUUGACACAAUGAAGAAAUUUAAAAGUUUGUUAAUUCAAGAACUGACAAAGGUGUUCCCAGAAGACAUGGCAAAAUACAAAGCUAUUAGAGGAGAAGAUCCUCCUCCUUAAGUUGGCCUUCAAAAGCUCUAAAAACGUCAAUUCCAUAAGCUGACACCACUCUUUAAAAACAUUGACUGGAGAGCGGGGGAAUCCAAGCCUUCAUAACAACUGUACUAAAAAUGGCAGUGAUGGACUGUAAAGGAGCUUGAUGACUGCUGAAGGUUCUGGUCAGAAGCUACUGAAUCUUUCUGAGGACUUUUACUCAAAGAUUGCAAUUGAAACUUCCUAUGGUAAUCUGUUCUUCUUUCCUGGAAGGUUUUGGAGAUAAAAUUGCCUACAGGUCAUCAAUACAUAGCAUUUCCCACAAAGUGCAUUUCCAGAGCAGAAAAUCAUGUUUUUUCUCUUCUGAACAGCGUGCUCCAGGAUUGUGGGCUCAUCUGUUUUUAAGAAAAAUGUAUUUAUUAUACUUGAUUAUUUUUCAUUUGUAAACUGCUUUUUUUUUUUUAAUUACAGUACAAACAGUUGACUGCCAAAUUCUACUGAACAGGAGCCUGUCAAGGGCUGCAGUUUUCAUGUGUCAUAAUGAAUUGCAGCCAAGAAAACCUUCAGAUGUUCUUGUUUUGUUCUGUGAGCUGCAAUGCAGAUGGCUGAGGAUAUAGAAAUUGAACAUAUUUGGGGAAUAGCUCCUCAGCAAUGUUAAUAUUUUUGUAUAGUAUUUAAUGUAAGCUUUUGUUUAAUUCUAUCCAUUUUCUGUAAGCAGGUUGUUGAAUAAAAAUUUGAAAAAAUAUAAAUUCUAAUUAUUUUUCUGUUGUGUGCUACUCUUUGGAGAAUGAACUGAAAGCUGUGAAAAAUAGCAUAUUCCUUAGGCUCAUAGUGAUAGAAAUAAAAUGUGUAUCAAAACCUCACUGUUCAAAGUUUA